UGCGAAGCCUCUGGAGAGAGAGAAAUGGCCGCGGCGGCGGCGACGACGACGACACGUGCAGCGCAGUUUCUGCUUGGCUUCAGUCGCCGAGCGCCGCCGCUGCCUCCUCUCGCUUCCCUCCUCCUCCGGCGCCGGACGGGCGGCGUGUUGGCCGUGCGCAUGGCGUCGUCGGACGCUGCGGCGCCUCAGCUCAGCACCACCGUGGCGGUGCCCGGCGCGGCGGCGCCCGUCCGCGUCGUGGCGGCGCCGGGCCUCCGCGAGGCGGACUUCAGUAAGGCGGUGGAUUCCGCGCUCUUCAGACGGUGGCUGGAGAACCUGCAGUCGGAGAAGGGCGUGCUCACCGAUGGGAAGCUCAGCCUCAGGCAGAUCCUCAUCCAGGGGGUUGACAUGUUUGGGGAGCGUGUGGGAUUUCUCAAGUUCAAAGCCGACAUCAUCGACGAGGAAACCAAAUCCAAGGUUCCAGGAAUUGUAUUUGCAAGAGGGCCCGCUGUUGCUGUGUUGAUCCUUUUGGAGUCUAAAGGGCAAACUUACGCUGUUCUGACUGAACAGGCUAGAGUUCCUAUAGGAAAAUUUGUUUUAGAACUGCCAGCCGGAAUGCUAGAUGAUGAAAAAGGUGAUUUUGUUGGCACCGCAGUUCGAGAGGUGGAAGAAGAAACCGGUAUUAAGUUGAAUUUAGAGGACAUGGUCGAUCUUACUGCACUGCUGGACCCUGCCACUGGAUGCAAAAUGUUUCCAUCACCGGGCGGCUGUGACGAAGAAAUUGGCUUGUUCCUAUACAGGGGACACGUCGACGAGGAGACCAUCAAGGCUCUCCAAGGGAAGGAAACUGGCCUGCGGGACCAUGGAGAGCUGAUAAAGCUCCGUGUGGUUCAGUAUGACCAGCUCUGGCGCUCAACCGCAGACGCGAAGGCGCUCUGCGCCAUAGCUCUGUACGAAAUGGCCAAGAAGGAUGGCAUCCUGCCAUCACCUGGUGGUGGCUUGUCAGCGAACCUGUAAGAGCUGAAGAAGUAGUAGUGCAUUCUGUAAUUAACGAGAAGUUGGGAACACUGGUAUUGGGAUUUGGGAGUGCUUGAACCCAGUACUGUAGUGUCGUUCGUGCCUGCCUGGAUGGAAGGUUACAAAAACUUAUUAUAUGUGUGUGGUAACGAGAACUAUAUAUGUUUGUGGAAA